ACCGACUAGUGGAGACCAUGGAGUUUCACACACAUUUCAAACUCAAGCUAGUUCUUGGAACAUAUACAUAUAUAUGCUUAUAUGUCUAGCUCGCUCGCUCACUUAGUUCCAAAAAAAGCCCAAAUUAAGGACCUACAUCUUUAGGAUGGAUGGGAUUGUAUGUCAAUAAUGAAGGCUACUAAUUGUCUUAUUGCUUUGGAUUGUAUGUCGAUAAUGCAGGCUACUAGUUGUCUUCUUCCUUUUACGAUUUGGCAAAAGAUUCCACUCUUUUUAAAUUUAUAUAAAUUAUGCAAGAGUAAGACUGAUUUUCAGUUUUAUUUAAUGUUGGCAGAAAAACAGUGGAAUCAGAAUAAUGCUAAAAUUUUGUGUAUUUGCCAGGCACACAGGUACAAGGCAUAUAUAUAUAUAUUUAUUACAUAAACUGCAGUAAUUGCAAUUGGUUAGAGUAAGGACAAGCUCUAUUUAAUGGCACAAAAGACUAUCAUUUCACGCCAAUGGGUAGUGGAAGUCAAUUUGUGGGCCAAACAUCUCUUAUUUAUGGAAAUCUGUCUCUCCAAACCACCUUACCUUAAGGUCUAACCCCAAAUUUUAAUAUUAUUUUGUUUUUAUCUGCUUAUAUAUACUGCCAUGGCAUUGGAUUUGAGAGCCAGAAAUGGAGUUGGAUAUGCAGAACAUAGCUGAUGGUGGUGAGAAGCAGGAGGAGGAAGAAAUGAAUAAGGAAAAGAGGCUCGGAGGGAUCAGAACAAUGCCUUUCAUUUUUGCAAAUGAAAUCUGUGACAGAUUUGCAACCACAGGUUUCCAUGCCAACAUGAUAACAUACCUCACCCAAGAGCUUAAUCUGCCGCUGGUUCAGGCCUCCAACACCCUCACCAACUUCAGUGGAACAGCCAGCUUCACCCCACUCAUUGGUGCUUUGAUAGCCGACUCUUUUGCCGGUCGGUUUUGGACCAUCACCAUCAGUUCCUUCAUCUAUGAACUGGGAUUGAUUAGCAUAACUAUAUCAGCAGUACUACCCACCUUGCGCCCUCCACCAUGCCCCACACAAAUGAACUGCAAGGAAGCAUCAGCCUUCCAGAUAUGGAUCCUCUACAUCUCUCUUCUCCUCACAUCUCUUGGCUCUGGUGGCAUUAAGCCUUGCGUUGUUACUUUCGCUGCUGACCAAUUUGACAUGACCAAGUCUGGAGUUGCUGGUCGAAGAUGGAACUUAUUCAACUUGUACUAUUUUAGCAUGGGAAUGGCAACACUAACUGCUUUGACUGUCGUAGUUUACAUACAAGACAAUGUAGGUUGGGGCUGGGGUCUUGGCAUUCCAACUAUAGCCAUGGCUUUAUCAGUUGUAGCUUUUGUCAUUGGUUCUCCAAUUUAUAGAAGGUUAAAACCAGGAGGGAGUCCAUUGGUUCGAUUGCUUCACGUAAUUGUCGCAGCUAGUAAGAAGAGGAAUGCAGAGAUGCCAUCAGAUCCCAUGCUUUUGUAUGAAAAUAGGGAGCUUGAUGCUGCUAUUUGUUUGCAGGGGAGGCUUCUUCACACCGAUCAAUUCAAGUGGUUUGAUAGAGCCGCCAUUGUAACUGACGAUGAGGCAAAGGUUCUGGGGCCACCAAACCUGUGGAGGCUUACCACAGUUCACCGUGUUGAGGAGCUCAAGUGUAUCAUAAGAAUGCUGCCUAUUUGGGCAGCCGGAAUCUUGCUUGUUGCUUCACACUCAAAUCAACACAGCUUCACAAUCCAACAAGCUCGCACUAUGGAUCGUCACCUUACCAAUUCCUUCCAAAUCCCAGCAGCUACUUUGUCUGUCUUUGGCGUCCUAACCAUGCUCACUGGACUUGUUCUUUAUGAACGUCUAUUUGUCCCUUUGGCUCGCCGAUUGACAGGGAACCCAUCUGGCAUCACUUGCCUACAGAGGAUGGGAAUAGGCUUGGCGGUCAACAUCCUUGCCACAGUUGUCUCAUCUUUUGUUGAAAUGAAAAGGAAAGCAGUUGCUGCUGAUCACAACUUAUUGGAUGAUGCAAAAGCCGUUGUCCCCAUAAGUGUGUUUUGGUUGGUUCCUCAGUUUUGCCUUCAUGGAUUAGCUGAAGUUUUCAUGUCUGUUGGUCACUUGGAAUUUCUUUAUGAUCAAUCACCUGAAAGCAUGAGAAGCACUGCAGCAGCCCUUUAUUGGAUAGCAAUUUCAAUAGGAAAUUAUAUUGGUACCUUGAUGGUGACACUUGUACAUGCGUAUACUGGCAAGCAAAACAAUUGGCUGCCAAAUAAAAAUCUAAAUAGAGGAAGAUUGGACUACUAUUAUUGGCUUGUUAGUGGAAUUCAAGUUGUUAAUCUCAUUUAUUAUGUGGCAUGCGCUCGGUUUUAUGCAUAUAAGCCUUUGCAAGAGGCCACAGAAAUCUGCAGCAAGGAAGAUGAUGAAGAACUUGCUAAAGAUAAAAUGCCAUCUAAGAAGAUGGAUAGCUCUGAUAAAGAUGGAGGGGUAGAGCUUCAAAGAAGUGUAACAGUUUGAAAACUAUUUUAAAUCAAUAAGUUACUUUAAAUGUACCUCGUUUAAGGUUCUUAGUAUUUCAAUAAAGCAAAUUAAUGAAAUGAAUAAACCAAUUAUAUGUAUGGAAAGGUAUCAUUGUUUCCUUCUAUCACAUGUCAAGAUUCUAAAUUUCUAACGAGUGAACACUUCUUACAGGCUAAGCCAGUUUGGUGUUAAUAGUUACAAACAAGGCAAGGAACAUCCACAUAUAUGUACAUGGAUUAUCUUGUUGGCUUCACGAUUGGGGGGCCAAAUCUGCAAUGGGAACCACUUUGUUCUUUCUA